CAUCAACCGCACGAAAACCCCCAAUCAGCAAAUUCGGCUCACACAAAAAUCUCGAAUCAAUGCUGUCCGGCGGUCCAAUUUCCGGCGCUCGAACCAGCGUCCGGAUCGUCGUCGUCGGGGAUCGUGGAACCGGUAAAUCCAGCCUCAUCGCAGCGGCGGCCGCCGAGACUUUCCGGCCGGAUGUCCCUCCCCUUCUCCCUCCCACUCGCCUCCCCGCCGACUUUUAUCCCGAAAAUACCCCCAUCGUCAUCAUCGACACCUCAUCCAGUUUGGAGAACAGAGGAAGGCUCGCUGAAGAGUUGAAGCGUGCCGAUGCGGUCGUGUUGACAUAUGCAUGCGAUCAGCCUGCGACACUUAAUCGCCUCAGUUCUUUCUGGCUUCACGAGCUUCGGCGAUUAGAGAUUAGGGCACCGGUGAUUGUGGCUGGUUGCAAGCUUGAUAGGCGAGAUGCGGAGUACAAUUUGAGCGUUGAAAUGUUGCCGCUUAUGCAGCAGUUUCGAGAGAUUGAGACUUGUAUAGAAUGUUCUGCCGCUAACAUGCUCCAGGUUCAAGAAGUAUUUUAUUUUGCUCAAAAGGCUGUACUUCACCCAACUGCUCCGUUGUUUGAUCAAGAAACCCAAGCUUUAAAACCUCGAUGCGUGAGAGCGCUGAAGAGGAUAUUCAUUCUAUGUGAUCAUGAUAUGGAUGGUGCUCUCAAUGACGAAGAGCUAAAUGAAUUUCAGGUUAAGUGUUUCAAUGCUCCUCUGCAACCUGCUGAAAUAGUGGGUGUUAAGCGAGUGGUACAGGAGAAGUUGCAUGAAGGAGUUAAUGAAUUUGGUCUUACCUUGACAGGUUUUCUGUUUCUUCAUGCUCUUUUCAUAGAGAAAGGCAGGAUUGAGACCACAUGGACUGUUCUGAGAAAAUUUGGGUACAAUGACGAGCUAAAACUUAGGGAUGAUUAUUUGUCAAUUCCGAACAAAAAGGCUCCAGACCAGAGUGUUGAACUGACAAGUGAAGCAAUAGAGUUUUUAAAGGGAAUCUUCAGCACAUUCGAUGAUGAUAAAGAUGAAGUUCUUCGUGAGAGUGAGCUUGAAGAUCUGUUUUCAACUGCACCAGAGAGUCCCUGGGAUGAAGUUCCUUACAGGGAUGCAGUGGAGAGAACUCCAUGGCGUGGGUUAUCUCUUUCUGGAUUUCUAUCAGAGUGGGCUCUUAUGACAUCACUCGACCCAGCUCAAAGUAUCGCCAACUUAAUAUAUGUUGGUCAUAACUGCAAUGCAGAAUCAGCCCUCAACAUAACUAGGAGAAGAACAGUGGACAGGAAGAAGCAACAUACAGAAAGAAACGUUUUCCAGUGUUUGGUUUUUGGGCCUAAAAGAGCUGGAAAGUCUGCAUUGUUGAUGUCAUUAUUGGGAAAGCCUUUUUCUGAAAACUAUAUUCCUACAAUCGGUGAACAAUAUGUGGUGAAUAUCGUUGACCAGUAUAAGGGUAAUAAGAAAACACUUAUACUUCGGGAGAUUCCAGAAGAUGGAGUUCAGAAACUUUUAUCCGAUAAGGAAUCUUUGGCUGCUUCUGAUGUAGCUGUUUUUGUUUACGACAGCUCAAGCGAGCAUUCUCUUAAAGCGGCAAUAGAAUUGCUUUCGAAUGUGGCUAGGCAAGGGGAAGAAACUGGUGUUGGGAUGCCUUGUCUCCUUAUUGCAGCAAAGAAUGAUCUUGAUUCGAAUUCAACAGUGAACAAAGACUCAGCAAAGAUUUGCCUGGAUAUGAGGAUGGAUGCACCUAUUCCUGUAAGUGUGAAAGAAAGAGAUCUGAAUGAUGUCUUCUCCAGAAUUGUAAAUGCAGCUGAGCGCCCUCAUCUGAGUAUUCCUGAAACUGAUCUCAGCCGCAGCAGAAAGCGGUACCGCCAGAUUGUUUCUAAUACUUUCAUGUGUCUCUCAGUUGGAGCUGCUGCUACUUUUAUUGGGUUGGCAGCAUAUCGAGCCUAUGCUGCAAGGAAGAACAGCUCCAGUUAGAUUGGCAGUUCUCCAGUGAAUUCAACUGGUAAUGUCAUAACACUUCAGUGCUUUUACGUGUUUUCUUUUUAAACUUUAUUUUAGUAUUUGCUGUUAAGUUAAUCUAGAAUAAUUUCAUUACAUUUUGAGAAUAUUUUAUUUCUCGCUUAUAGUUUUUUGUAUCUCAAAGCAUUGUUUCCGUGUUAAUAAUGCAUAUAAUUGAAAAACUGCCUUCUAUCCAGUUUCAUGUUUGAAUCA